GCACACCUGUAGCCGCUCACGCGCACAUGCCCCGCUGGCCCGCAGGUAUGCGGAAGUGAGGUGAAGAGGUGAGCAGAGUUGUUUUUGAGCGCCUGUGCCGGACCCGCGACCCGAGCCGGGUCGAGCCGUGAUGGGAGGACGCCGCUGAGCACGGACGGAUGGACGGAUGUCUGACCGCGCUGGAAGGCCCUGAACCCCCCGCAGCAUGUUCUUCAAGUGCAAGGAGCCCUGCGAUGAACUGGUGACCUGUCCAGGUGAACCCCUGCCUCUCGCCUGCAAUGAGAUGUAAUAGGAUCCAGCAGAGCCCCGAGACCCUGCAAAAGAUGAAGCGGGAGUCGUUCGAGCUGGCGGACCAGCAGAAGGAGCCGCUCAGCAGCGAGCCUCUGCUCCGCUCCCUGCCCGCCCAGAGGACGUUCGACUACAUCUUGGUCGCCGACAAGGUCGAGGAUGAAACGGACCAGAAGUUCAUGAGACAGGAAGCUUACAUCGAUGAGUUGAAAAAGAAAAACAUCACCGUCGCAAGAAUCGUUCAAGAAGACAAAGUCUUCUUUGGCCUGCGCGCUCCCAAUACGAUGUUUGAAGAUUAUCAGUAUUUGCUGAAAGUGUCCGACUCCUGCAACUGGUCUGGAGACAGUAUGACCCAGGCCAACAGGAUCCGGAUUGUUCAUUUCAUUCUCAACAGUACGUUCAUCGACACAGAAGGAUCUAAGUCCAACCUUAAUGAGCUGAUUGCGAAGGGGGUGUUUGACACCAUGUUCUGCCUCCAUGAGAAAAAGGAGCAGAAAAAACUAGAAAAGAACUGGGCUCGAUGGUCGGCUCUUUUCACCAAACAACCUGUCAGCGAUGUCAGGUGUUACUUUGGAGAGAAGGUGGCGCUGUACUACCUGUGGCUGGGCUGGUACACCAAACUGCUGGUUCCAGCUGCUGUCCUGGGGGUCAUCGUGUUCCUGUAUGCACUCGCCUUUUUCAACAGCAACCCUCUCAUUAAGGAAGUGUGUCAGUCCAACAUCACCAUGUGUCCUCGCUGUGAUAAGGCGUGUGACAUGUGGCAGCUAUCAGAGACCUGCACCUACGCUAAGGUCAGCCAUUUGUUUGACAAUGAAGGGACUGUGGCGUUUGCGAUGUUCAUGGCAGUCUGGGCCACGCUGUUCCUGGAGCUGUGGAAGAGACACUUGGCAAGACAUGUCUCUGAGUGGAAAGUUUAUGACUGGUGUGAGGAGGAGGAGGAGCUGAUCAUGGAAAUCGUCAAUGAUCAAAACUGCAAACCUAAAAAGUUCCGCCACUCCUACCUGCGCAGUACCCUGGUCCUCAUCCUGGUAACAGUCAUGUUGAUGUUGAUCAUCGGCCUGGCUAACAUUCUCGUGGUGUUUCGGGUCGUGGCCGCCCCCCUGAUGUCGGACAGCGAGUGGGAGUUUUUAAAAGACCACGCCAACACCGUGGCGGUGAUGCUGGGAGCAGUGCUGCACUACAUCACCAUCCAGGUCAUGACUCGGGUGAACCGCGAAGUGUCCCUCAAGCUCUGUGCACUAGAGGAGCUGAACUCAUUCGCUGCCAGAGAGAGAAGCUUCACCGUCAAGAUGUUCACCUUCCAGUUCUUCACCCUCUUCUCCUCCCUCUUCUAUGUGGCCUUUUUCCUGGGCAGGAUAAAUGGCCAUCCGGGGAACUAUGUGCGCCUGGCGGGGUUCAGGCUGGAGGAGUGCCAUCCCAGCGGCUGCUUGACAGACCUCUUCAUCCAGAUGGCCGUGGUCAUGUUGCUCAAACAAACUCUCAACAACAUCUUUGAGUUCACCAUACCCUGGGUGCAGAGCCUAAUUAGCAAAAAAGUGGCGAAGCGGCUGGUGAGGAAGUGUGGCCACUGCUACAAGAAGGCCUGCCGUGACGAGGAGGGGCGCGUGGAGCCGUGUGACAUCUGCAAGAUACGGGAGUGGCUGCGCAACUACAACCUGGCCAACUCGGACGCCUUCAACCUGUUCAACGAGUUCCUGGAGAUGGUGAUGCAGUUCAGCUUCACCACCAUCUUCGUGGCGGCGUUCCCCCUGGCACCCCUCCUGGCUCUCGUCAACAACAUCUUUGAGAUCCGGCUGGACGCCAUCAAGAUGGUCAGUCUGGAGAGACGAGCCGUCCCCCGGAAGACCAACGACAUCGGCGUGUGGACGAAGAUUCUGGAGGUGAUGGGGGUUCUGGCGGUCAUCGCCAACGCUCUGGUCAUCGGCGUCACAUCAGACUUCAUCCCCCGCCUCGUCUAUCGCUACAUUUACGGGCCGUGUGCGACCGGAACCAGCUCCGUGCACUGCAUGGAGGGCUACAUCAACGACACGCUGACCACGGCCUACAUGAACAACAGGAAUGAGUUCCUCCUCCCGGCGGACAGGGCGCUCCACAACGUCACGCAGUGCAGUUUCAGAGAUUACAGGAGCGAGGAGGAUUACACGCUGACCAAGCAGUUCUGGCUGGUCAUGGCUAUGCGCUUCGCCUUCGUCGUCCUCUUCCAGCACGUUGUGGUGAUAUGCAAGUUCAUCGCUGCCUGGUUCGUCCCCAACAAUCCCAUACGGGUGAAGAACCAUCGCCUGGACGACAAGUUGCGUCGGCUGAAGGAGGAGUUACGUGAAGUCAAAGGCAGCAGAUCGACAGAAGUCUGACCUCAGAUCUGACCUCAGAUCUGCUCCCAGCGACGACUCCCGGCUGCUUGAAGAGUGAAAUGCAAAGAUUCUUGUUUAUAUUUAGUAAGUUAUACCUGCUGUUAAACCAUUCUGGACUUUAACUAAAAAAAACACCAGUUUUGUGUGUGAGCAUUUUAUUGGACAACAAUUGAAAUCUUAUUUUUUAUAAAUAUACAGUAUAUUACAAUGCAAACGAAGUUAAAAAUAAUAUUGUUCAAUGGCUUGUUUGAUAAGACAUGUUCAGAUACAUUGGUAAAGUUGGAUGUGAGCUGCGCCAGACAUAACUGGGACAACAAUUGUUUUGUGUUGUCUAAACGUAGCACAAAAAGUAAGUAAAUUUGUGUUUGCCUGUUUAUUUCUCUGUUAUACCAAUGCUUCUUGGUAAUAAAACGUUAUGUUUAUGUUCCUUUGAAA